AUGGAAGCAGAUCUCGAUGAGGAUUGGAGAACUUUCAGGGCCAAGUUGGUUUGGUCAGAGGGUGCGGUCGCAGAAACAGAAACCAGUUCAGAUGCCAUGAAGCAAGAAAAUUCGCUAUGGUUGCACCAGCUCCCCAUACCUGAGCGAGGCUGCUUGAUGCUGGCGAAUCCCAUGAAGUUUGGAGAUAGCCAGUCCUAUUUCUCGAAAUCCAUCAUCGUGCUGAUAGAAUACGGAGUCAUGGGAACAGUAGGCUUCAUCAACAACCGCCCGACUCCUCAUCUUGUUGGAGAGGUAAGCUUUGCGCAAACCCAUCGAGCAUUCUUGCACUGCCCUCUGUUCUUCGGGGGUCCAGUUGGAGAAACAGUGCAUGUGUUGCAUCGAGUGGCAACGGUCAAGGGAGCUCGAUUGAUUGUCCCUGGUCUCUAUCAUGGCGGCGACCUGGACCAUGCCGGCUCGCUCGUGGAAUCCGGGGAGGCGAAGCUUGAGGAUUUCCGCUUCUUCUACAAGCACUCGUCAUGGGGACCUGGGCAGCUGGAAGAUGAAGUGAAGCAGGAGGUGCGCCAUGAGUCAGCCUUCCAGUGCUCCUUGUCGGCUAAGAAGCACACUAGGUUUGGUUCCCAGCCGCUUGCUCGUCAGGAAUGA